AUGUAUUACCGUGGCGGUUCUCUCUAUAACGAUUCAUACCCCUCACCCACUCCUCAGAAAUGGGACCCAGAGGUUGUACUAGGGAUUCCCAACUAUUCUCCUAAUUCUAUGACCUGUAUUGGUACCACCAAGACAGGUCGAAGAUGCCGAAGACAUAUUGCUUACCACAAAGUCAACUAUGCAGUAAACGUUAUCAAUGGGUUGGCUUGUAAACCAACUUUUGAAGCUGCAAAAUCACAGGAACUACGCAAAGCAGCAGAUAUAUUGUUAUGCUGGCAACAUGACUACCAAAUUUUAAAUAUACUGUUUCAAUGGCAAUCUGGCUUGACCAAUUGGGCUGCCGAGCAUGGCGAUACACCCUCGUUUACUACAAAUACCGAGCCGAAUGCAGAUACUUGGCGCUCCAAGAAUACACCUUACUACGAACCUUAUGUGAAGAAAGAAGAACCUGAAGAUAUCAUGUAUCAAACGCUUAACGAGUAUCUGAGAAGAGAGAAAGAAAUAAUCGACCAUAUCAAUGCAAUGCGCCGACACAUUGAGGAGCAACAGAGACGAAAGGAUGAACAGAGAAGAGAAGAAGAGCGAAGGAGAGAAGGAGAGAGAAAGAGAGAAGAAGAGAGAGCAAAAGAAGAGGAGAGAAGAAGAGAAGAAAAGAGAAGAAUGGAUGAGCAGAGGAGACAGGAAGAAGAAGAGAGAAGGAAAGAAGGAGAAAGAAGAAGAGAAGAGGAGAGACGGAGAGAAGAAGAAAGAAUAAAAGAAGAAAAAAGAAAGAUGGAUGAACAGAAAAGAGAAGAAGAGCAGCGAAGAAAAGAAGAGCAAAGAAAAGAGGAAGAAGCCCGCGAAAAGGCGUUCCGCGAGAAAGUUCGUCUUUCUAAGGAGAAGAAAGAGCGGGAGGCUAGAGAAAAGGCGAAAAGGGAGGCCGAAGAAUGGCGCUCCUCAUGGGAUCGUUAUUCCAAAGGGUGGAACAACAGUAUCGAUAUGGUUCCAAGAAACAUCCCCUGGCCGGUGAAGUCAGGACGGCUAUCUGACGUCAAUGAGGCAAACAUAAAGAUGUUCUUCGCCAAAGCACCACCAGAGUCAUUGGUGAGUUCGGGCGAGAAACGCUUCAAGCUCCUAAACACAGAAAACAAGAGAUGGCACACAGAUAAGGUAAUGCAACGCUUUGGCCCAGACGUAGUGUACGGUUCUGCGAGGCUUGCCCUGAACACCAUUGCAAAAAUUAUGAUCGAGUUGAGGCAAGAGGCUCAGAGGAAUCGAUAG